UGCCCUGAUGCAGCCGUCGCGAGCUAAACAAACAUGGCUCAGCUACAUUAUGAGACAACGGACCUUAAUGAUACGUAGGCAAAUGAAAAGGGAAAUAUGCGACGAUUAAUAAGAAACGCGCCAAACAUUGAGUUUUAGAUGGAGAGCUGAUGUAUUACUCUGCUGGUUAGCUUACAGUAGCCUUUUGUGACCGUGUUUACACAUUGCUAGCUAGCUCACUAGUUGGCUAAUGCAAGCUAGCAAAGAUGGACCUUGGAACAAUGUUGUACAACAAUUUAAAAGAUGUUACAUGGAGCACGACGUCUUUACCACUAGAUCAACUUGUCAGUGCUUACAGGUUGCCUCAAAUUGCCAAGCUGGAUAACGGUCAGUUGGUUGAAGGGCUCAGAGACAAUGACUACCUCUUGAUUCAUUCCUGCCGUCAGUGGACAACGAUUACUGCUCACAGUCUGGAGGAGGGACAUUAUGUCAUUGGGCCCAAAAUAGAGAUCCCAGUGCACUACGAAGGUCAGUUUAAGCUACUAGAGCAGGACAGAGAUGUCAAGGAGCCUGUGCAGUACUUCAACAGCGUGGAGGAGGUGGCCAAAGCAUUCCCAGAGAGGGUAUACGUCAUGGAAGAAAUCACUUUCAAUGUUAAGAUGGCUUCAGGGGAAUGCAAUGAAGAUACUGAAGUUUACAACAUAACACUAAGCACCGGUGAUGAACUGACAUUAAUGGGCCAGGCUGAGAUCCUGUACGCCAAGACCUCCAAAGAAAAAUCAAGAUUCAACACAAUUUUUAAGAAGAUCGGGAAGCUGAACUCCAUCAGUAAGAUCGGUCGAGGCAAGAUGCCUUGCCUGAUCUGCAUGAACCAUCGCACCAAUGAGAGCAUCAGCCUGCCUUUCCAGUGCAAAGGCAGGUUCAGCACCUGCAGUCCACUGGAGCUUCAGAUGCAGGACGGCGAACACAACAUCAGGAACAUUGUGGAGAAAACCCGUCUCCCUGUCAACGUUACAGUACCCAGCAGUCCACCCCGCAACCAGCAUGACCUUCACCUCAUCCGCGAGGGUCAUCGCUACAAGUUGGUCAACAUUCAGACGAAGACUGUGGUUGUGUGUUGUAUUCUGCGAAGCAACAAAAUUAUCCCCAUCCAUUUCCCCUUUCAUAUGGCCAUGCCUAGAUUUAUUAUCCCAGAAGAACUGCUGCAAGGAGAGCUGUGGUUAGAUACUAUGGUACAUCGCUGGUUCUCCUUCUGCCAGGAGCAGUUUGACAUAGACGACUAUUCUCGUGCCGUCCGGGAUGUGAGGACAGACUGGAAUGAUGAUGGCAAGAGCCCUAAGAAAGGCAGUGGGAAUGGCAGUUGCAGUGGAAGCAGCGGAGGAAGCGGCAGCUCUAAUGGUUGUCCUAAUCACAUGCAGAUUCCCAGCUCUUUAACUUACGCCCGGGAUGAACUCACCCAGUCCUUCCACCGACUGUCUGUGUGUGUCUAUGGCAGCAACCUGCAUGGUAACAGUGAGGUCAAUUUGCAGGGCUGUAUGACACUGUGUGGGGAUUGGGCUCUUCUGCCCUCUGAUUGCAUCCCUUCAGACUCAGGAGAAAAUGAACACUUUUUCCCCGAACUGAUGGAUAGCACAAACCAACAGUCAUCUCUCAACAAGUCUGAUGUUCCCUAUGAGGAGCUAUGGUUGGAUCACUUGAGAGGGCAGAUCCCAAAACCCUCUCUAAGUGAGGGAAUUCGAAGUAUCAACAAUGGCUGUGGCACAACAGCAGCCCUGUCAUACCCAGUCAGUUGUCCUCUUGGUGCUACACCCAGUUCAGAUGUGUCUCUUACUCCACCACCAGUUCCACCCAAGUCUGAAGCUGUGAAGGAAGAAUGCCGUCUUUUGAAUGCCCCUCCAAUCCCUCCACGGAGUUUGAAACAGAUGCCAUCGGUGCCCAUCCUCUCUAAACCAAGGCAGCAGGAGACUCGGUCACCAAGUCCAACCCUCUCCUAUUAUUCUUCUGGUCUCCAUAACAUAAGUGGAGCAUCUGAGCAAGAGGCAGCUGAUUCACAAGAGCAAAGCCAUGUGUGCUACCCCUGUAACUGGGGUAAAUCCAACAGCACUGAGCCAAACACUACGUUGCCCGGUGGUAGCCUGCCAUCGGAUGGAAUGUCCUCCAGGUUGUCUUGGCCAAAUAACUUCAGUGGAGGAGAAUCGCACAGCAUGGAUGAUUUCCUACCAGCCAGCUGUCGAAGUUACUACAGUUACCCCAGAAAAAGAACCCCGAGCACCCCAAAAACCUGCACAUCCAGCCUCGUCGACUUCGAUGGCCGAGAGCACACACAGAAGAGUGAGGACUUCAGGUCGCAGAAAGCUUCCCUGAAUCAGUUCUGCACCAAAUCUUCAAGUUACAAUUCAGAAAUGUACCGAGACAAGCAGAUAGAAGAAUCUAACACUAAGCAGAGCCUCUCUUGCCCCAUCUUACCACCGAGAACACCAAAAUCAAACGCCAUAAAGAAGUGCACAGAUUUACUGUCAGGAUCAGUCUGUGACAGUGAGCAGGAAACUUCAAAUAGCUCACCGACUUCACAUGAGCAAGGCACAAAGGAGAUAUAUUCCAUCUCUAGCUCAUUAACUCCCGACUGUGCAGCCUUUUCUCCCUCUGCACAGUGGCAGCCCCCAUCCAAUCUUGCCGGUCUUUCUAUUGAAGAGGUGUCCAAAUCUCUAAGGUUUAUCGGCCUGCCAGAUGACAUUGUUUCUCUUUUUGUGUCUGAGAAGAUUGAUGGGAAUUUACUGCUGCAGCUCACUGAGGAGAUAUUGUCAGAGGACUUCAAGCUAAGCAAACUGCAGGUAAAGAAACUAAUGCAGUUCAUAAACGGGUGGAGACCCAAGAUAUAACUAACAGUAUACGACGCUAAAAUCCUGUUGUAAAGCAGUCAUGCCUUCAGUAUAUAUGCUAUGCACACCAAGCCACAAAGAAUUUCUUUUUGUAUAAUAUGAAUUUGUUACUAUAAUGUGGGGAAGGCCGUUGGGUAAUGUUUCCCAGCCUGUUUAGUGUCUGUGACUGUUAUUUACUAACUGAUUGGAACCAUUUGGCACUUUCUUGAAGACAUUUUCGUGUCAGCUACUUAGUACUUUUUCAACCACAACCUACUGGUGCCACACAAAUCCUAAUUUAGGCCAACAAAUGUAAAGGAAAACACUGAUGUGACAAAACACAAAUAAGAGAUUUGCUCAGAGGAAAGUCUGUCACUCUGAUCUUAAUGGGGAAUACUGCAACAUUCUUUUGUUUCCGGGAUUUUUAAAAGAGCACAAAAACCAGAGGACAUAUUUGUAUGUUUAAAUUUUGUAGUGGAUACACAAUCUAAAAUUCGGCUGAAAAUGGUAACCAAAGAAUUCCUUGCAUCUUAAGCUUGCAAUUAUAUAGUUAUGCAGUCAGUCAGUUCAAAGUUCAAGAAUGGGAUAGACUGUUUCUACAAGUGCAUUUCUUAACUGUUGAUUAAAUUAAUGACUGUUGAAUGAAUUUGAGACCUUCCUACUGCUAUAGGCAUUAAGAUAAAAUUGUGUUCUUUUAAAAAUCAACCCCUUUGAGCUCCUCUUAAGCUGUAAGCUUGGUUUGCAUCAGUGGACAUUUACUACUUUACCGAAUGGUUAGAAAUAGUCAGUGAUUUGAACCUUAACUUUUAGCCUUUGGUAUCAUACUGAUGUACAAGACUGUCCUCCCCCAAACUACUUGUCAUACAUACUUUGUACAAACAGCUUCUUACAACCCAUAUCCACAUUUAGUGUUAGUGGAAGUAGUAAUUGUGACAGUAGCAAAGGAGGCAGUCAGGUGAGGUAGUAUAACAAGUGUCAAUGUCCAUGUAGAGAGGAGGUCAGAGUGGAAGGAUUGGUCAAACAAACACAGGACUUAUACUGUGUUCCAAAUUGCACACUUUUUCUUUUUACUUGAAUUAUCAUGCUAUGGAGGAAGAGGGUCCAAGUCCAGGGCGCAGAAUUACGAUGACGUACCUGAUGGUAUUCAUACUCCAUGCAACAGUACGCACUUUGUGAAGGCAGCUGCAGUAUGUAUUAAAAGUUAAAAGAAAAUGUAUGCAAUUUGGAAGGCAGCCAUACACCAAGAGACCUCUGUUGCUACUCUGUAUGAAAGCAGAGGUCAAUGUCAAUUUUUUUACAGCAGGUACCUAAAGUGCUUACGUCACGUACAUUACUAUUGAUUUAUUUUAACCCGAAUCAUGAUCUUUCCCUAUAACCUAACCAAGUAGUUUCCUUGCCAAACUGCAGUCAUUUCAUAAUGCUAAAGACAUAUUUAAAAUUGCGACUAUUAACGAUCAAACACAACAGGUUGUCUUUUUGUAGAUCUGCUGCCACCACUAUGGGCCCUAAUUUAAGGAGGAACUUUAGGAACUAACAACCUAUGUGGUCAUAUGAGUUGGAGGACUUGUUGGGAAGUACAGCUCCUUAAAAAAAGAAUUUGGAAAAAUGAGACGAUAGCUGUAAUGUUACUGAUACUGAUUCAGUUCACAGCUCUGAAUAGAUAAAAUCUAAAAUCCUUUAAAUUGUGAAGACGAGAGUGUUGGUUAAAGCCAAAAACUUCUUCUUUUAAUAUAUAUAAAGAAGGAGCUGUUUAUACAUCAGUUUGAUAUCAGGUAAAAGUGUUGGUUUUCUGUGUACUUCUAAGAGAUAAAGUGCUGCAUGCAUCCAAACCAACUGAGCUUUUGUUGGCCAAUCAGAAAUCACAUCUGCAUUCUUGGUGUGACAUUCAACUUUAUGGAACUAUGCUAUAUGAGUGAGCCAAAUGAAAUGAUUGUGAUGGUCUUUCUCAGAUUUGUCAACUCUUCCUUAUGCAAGGUCUUAUUUCUAUUUGCUGCAUUUUAAUUAAAGUUUAAUUCAGCUAUAUCGCUACUCGCUUUAACCUUAAACAUCUAUGCUAAAAAAUAACAAGGUCAUUUAUAGCAGAAAGUGAUGAGGCCUAAUGAAAUGAUGACUGUACUUUAAAACAAACACGGAGGUAACUGACAGAGGUAAUGUAAAGUGACAUCCUACAUAAAAUACAAAUUAUGCAUCACGCACUUUGAUAGAUUUCAGCCUAAUUAAUUGCAGAUAAGGUCAUGAAAUAUAAACCUAUAAAAAAAUGUCUAUGUAGAGAGUGAAUGCACUACAUGCUUUUUCAAAACUAAAACGGUACUUUUUCUUUGUUCUCAUUCUAUGUAUUAUAAGUGUCCUCUAAUGCUAGAAACAUGUAAAAGAAAGCUUUUCGGCGCCUUAACCCAGAGACCUUAAAAUAUAUAAUAUUUCAUUUUGGCUUAGUAUUUUCAUUAAGUCAGUCUCUUGAGAAUACACUCUAACUCAAAGUCUCAACAUGAACAUCAGGGAAUGAUGUAAUAUGUGUAUUUCCCUUUGUCCUGAGACGGUUUGUGAGCUAAAAUUGAAAGUGAUCUUCUAAAAGGAAAUAUUGGUUUCUAUUGGUACCAAACAUUGUUUUUCUAUAGCCUUGAAUCAGAGUUGAUUUAUUUAUGCAGUAUUUAACAUAAUGCAAAAUAUGCAGGACAGUUAUUUUCAGACUGUUGGCUGAAGGUGUCUCAGCCUUUUAUGCAACCCUGGUCUGAUCUGUUGGCCAACAGCUGUCGUUUUUUUCACCCCCUGACACUUGCAGCGGGUUGUUACAUAUUUUACGCAAUAUUUUAAUUUUUUAUGUAAGUGCAAAUUUAAUGUGAUUUUUUUUAAAGAAGGUGAUUACUAAUGUU